UCAACAGUGAUGUUGUCUUCAUUUCUCUUCGUGGCAUUUUCUCUCUUUCUUGGAGCACAAAAGACACUAGCAUGGGAGGGUUGCAUGGGUCGUUGUCCAGAUCACUCCUGGUGUGACGUAGCUGACAACAGGUGUAAAUGCAGUCCUGGAUACUGUGGCGACCCGUACUGCUCCACUGGUUGCGUCCAAAACCCCACACUGCCCCAAUGUUGUGAGAAUGCGUUUCGGAAUGGGUCGAUGUGUGUUUGUAAAACUGGCUAUGUAGGCAAUGGUUUUUAUUCUUGCAAGCCAGUUCCUUGCUUUGGGAAAUGUAAGUCGAACGCCUACUGUAAGAUUUUGGACGACAAGUGUUACUGUAAAUCUGGCUUCAUAGGAAAUCCGUACGAAGGAUGCACAGUACCGUGUGAUGGUAAAUGUAGUACGAACGCCUACUGUCGGGCCUCGGACAACAAGUGUUACUGUAAAUCUGGCUUCGUAGGAAAUCCUUAUGUAGGCUGUAAAGUACCGUGUGAUGGUAAAUGUAGGACGAACGCCUACUGUCGGGCCUCGGACAACAAGUGUUACUGUAAAUCUGGCUUCGUAGGAAAUCCUUAUGUAGGCUGCAAAGUGCCGUGUGAUGGUAAAUGUAGGACGAACGCCUACUGUCGGGCCUCGGACAAUAAGUGUUACUGUAAAUCUGGCUUCGUAGGAAAUCCUUAUGUAGGUUGUAAAGUACCGUGUGAUGGUAAAUGUAGGACAAACGCCUACUGUAGGGCCUCAGACAAUAAGUGUUACUGUAAAUCUGGCUUCGUAGGAAAUCCUUAUCUAGGUUGUAAAGUACCGUGUGAUGGUAAAUGUAAGACGAACGCAUACUGUAGGGCCUCGGACAACAAGUGUUACUGUAAAUCUGGCUUCGUAGGGAAUCCUUAUGUAGGUUGUAAAGUACCGUGCUAUGGUAAAUGUAGGACGAACGCCUACUGUCGGACCUCGGACAACAAGUGUUACUGUAAAUCUGGCUUCGUAGGGAAUCCUUAUGUAGGUUGUAAAGUACCGUGCUAUGGUAAAUGUAGGACGAACGCCUACUGUCGGACCUCGGACAACAAGUGUUACUGUAAAUCUGGCUUCGUAGGAAAUCCUUAUGUAGGUUGUAAAGUUCCUUGCUUGGGUAAAUGUAGAGCAAAUACCUACUGUAGAACCUCGGACAACAAGUGUUACUGUAAAUCUGGCUUCGUUGGGAACCCGUAUGUAGGUUGUAAAGUUCCUUGCUUGGGUAAAUGUAGGACGAACGCCUACUGUAGGACCUCAGACAACAAGUGUUACUGUAAAUCUGGCUACAGUGGGAACCCGUAUGUAGGUUGUAAAGUUCCUUGCUGGGGUAAAUGUAGGGCCAAUUCUUACUGUAGGACCUCAGACAACAAGUGUUACUGUAAAUCUGGCUACAGGGGUAACCCAUACUCUGGCUGCACUCGUAGAGUUCCCUGUGAUGGUCGCUGUAAGGCCAAUUCGUUCUGUCGAACCUCUGACAAUAGGUGUUGCUGUAGAUCUGGAUAUCGUGGAAAUCCGUAUGUAGGCUGUACACGCACGAUUACAGUACCCUGCUGGGGAAAAUGUAAAAGGAACGCCUAUUGUAAUAGGUUAACCAACAAAUGUUACUGUGCCCGAGGUUAUCGAGGAAACCCCUAUGUCGGAUGUACGUGUAUCGGAAAGUAAUCAAUUUAUAACUCGAAUGUUGUUGGAAUAAAAUAUAUAUUAAACACUUU